ACACCGAACGGGAAGCAGAGAUCGUAUCAUUAAUUCUGGGUUGUGAAGCGAGUUUUACACUAGAAAGAUUUCCUGUUUCAUACACCAUGAUGGCGAGUUACCGUAAAGAAUCCGUUAUCAGCAAUGUAACAAGGACAGCAGACGAGUUCCCAUCCAUUAUAGCCAAACUAACAACUAGCUCAACUAUCUGGGAAAGCGAAGAUUCUAUCUACCCUUUUUCCAAAGUGCUUAGGCUUCGAGUUCUCCAGAUCGUCUGCGGUAUAUCGAUAUUAGUCAUGGGCGCGGUGGCUGCCAUAGAGGAGAAAGGAAAGCUAACCAAUUUGGCGCUCGGUGUUCCUGCAGGCAUCAUGACAGUGAUAGCAGCAGGUGUUAGCAUUCAUACAAGCAGGGGUUUCGGUGGCUACAGGGUGUCAAAGUGGUCAGAAGGUUCUGUUCUAAGGGCGAUUGGGCCUACUCCACAUACUGCAGCACCGCUCUUCGUCCUUUGGACUGCUGCGUGUUCCCUUCACGCUGCGCUUUUCGUCCAGUCCGUGCUGACCAUAAACAACCGCAGCCUAAACAGGCCCAAUGAAACCAAGUUUCAAUUAGCUAUCGUUGAACUGAUUUUGACUAGUGUCACCAUCGGAGCGGUCCUGGAGGUGCUCAGAGUCGAUUUGAAACAUGACCCGGAUUGACCGCACGUCCUGCCCGGACCCAGGGCGUCUUCUUCCUCGGACCGAACCCACAACCCUUUACCCUCAUCGACGGAAGUCCUUCUUGAAGACUGACCACUCUUCUACGAACAGCAGUCGCUCCUCAUACUCGGGGAUGCCGUAUGAUCGCACGCUUGAAGACCAAAAAUUAAAAUAAAUUGACAAGUGCGCAUAAUUUUUUUAAAACGACAUUUAUCAACUGACUUUGGAAUAUUGCGGGUCUUUUUAUGUAUUUAU